AUGCACCUGGUGAGGGACAGAGUGACUAGGUUCUCAAAGGGCUAUGCCUUCGAUGAAUACAAAGAGGAGCGGUCCGUGGUCAGGGCAAGUCGAGACGCCAACAAACUAGUGGUGGACCAAAGUGAAUUGUUUGUGGACUUCGGGCAGGAGAAGACCCCGAAGGGAUGGAUAGCUCAUCGGCUGGGCAGAUGGGCAGGGGGGCAAGAAGGAGUCUGGUCAGAUGCAGUUCGGUGGGAAGGACAGACCCUUCCGCAAACCCAUCAUACCUUCCUGCCACCAUGA